AUGAUAAAUGGAAGAAAUAAAUACAAUACAAGCGGAUAUGAUCAUGAUUUACAAUUAUUAAACAACAUUUAUUUCACAUUAAUCAAUUGUCUACGGCGAUAUGGUCGUCGACGUUUAUGUAUUCCAUGUUUCUUUUUUGUAAUAUUAUGUUUUAAUUUACAAAUACUUAAUCGAAAACCAAAUGUUCAUGAAGAACAUAUAGAUCGAUCAGUGCCGUGUAAUCAAUCGAGUAUUCGCAAACAUUUUAUGAAUAAUCUAAGACCUGAGGAAUUAUUCACACAAAAUCUUAGUCAACCAUCUUUUACAUAUGAAAUAUCUAAUGAAAAUUUUUGUUCAUUAUCUGUUCCACAUGCUCUUAUUUUUGUUAUUUCGAAAUCAACUAAUUUUGGUUCACGUAAUGCUAUUCGUCGUACAUGGGGUGAUUUUACGCAAUUAAAUUCUAUAGAAAAAUUUGCAAAUCUUAAACUUAAACUUUUAUUUCUUAUUGAUAUUGAUGCAAUGUUUAUUCAAAAUGUCAAUCUUGAACAAUCACUCUAUCAUGAUCUUGUUCAAGUUCGUUUACCACAACAUUAUUCAUUAUCAACAUAUCGUGAUAUGGCUAUAUUAGAUUGGACAGAAACAUAUUGUUCUCAAGCAUUAUUAACAAUUAAAAGUGAUGAUGAUGUUUUUCUAAAUAUGUAUCUUGUAGCGAAUGUUUUAACAUAUAUUAUUACAAAUACAACUAUAUCUACAGAAAAAAUAGAAUGUAAACAUGUUGAAAAUUUAAAUUCAAUGGCAGUUAUUUAUGGUUUUAAAUUUCAGCAUGCACAUGUUGUUCGACAUGCAGCUGAUUUAGCGCCUGAAGAAGCUCGUUAUAUUAUAACUGAUAAUGAAUAUCCAUGUACACAUUAUCCUGAUUUUAUGAGUGGUUUUGGUUAUAUUAUUAAUCGAAAUGCACGUUUAAAACUUCUUUGUGCUUUUUUUCGACAUCAAAAAUCUUUUCAUUUAUCUGAUGUUUAUAUAACCGGUAUUUUAGCAGAAUAUUUGAAUAUUCAACGGCAACAUUUACGUUUUAAAAUAAAUUAUGAAUCUGCAGAUGAGUGUGUCGUCUUUUUUAAUCAAAAAAAUGCGUAUGCAUGUGCAUCUUCAUUACAUUAUAAAGAACAAACAUCGUCAUUAUUAAAAGAUGUUUAUAUUUUUGAAAGAUUCUAUACUUACUGGAAACGUGUACAUCAAAAUCAACGGUUAUUUAUAAAUUACGAUAGUUUCUUCUAG